AUGAUCCUUCUCUCGAAGUUUCAUAAACUCGAAGGCUUCUUCUUCUGUAUGCGAUGUGCCAAGGCACGGCUGGGGUACAUUCUGCGCAAGAGGGAAGUUGCCCUUAUGCGCAUUGGUUUUUUCAACAUAGAGAUUGGCUCACAGAUUUGGUAUGCGCACUACAGUGGAGUCAUAGUGUCGGAUAUUGACACUGGAAACAGGGCAUUCGAUGAUACGAAUGUUUGUCCCACAGCGCUGCCUGCAGCUCUGCUGCCAACACUAUCUGCAAAGUUUGUAUUUCGUAUGAUGGACAGGUCGGUUGUAGUAGAAGGCAUCUUCUGA